AUGACCGACUCCUUCCCUGCGGCUUUGACGGGGCCAACCUCCAAAGAACGCAAGUAUGACCGGCAGCUGCGACUGUGGGCUGCCACGGGUCAGCAAGCCCUCGAAGAUUCACGCGUCUUGUUAGUAAACUCUGAUGGCCCGCUCGGCACCAGCAGUACCGGUGUCUCUGGCGUCGUUGGAGUAGAGACACUCAAAAACCUGGUCCUGCCAGGCAUCGGAGGCUUCACCAUUGUCGAUCCCGCCACGGUCACUGCGUCUGACCUGGGGGUGAACUUCUUUUUGGAACAGGAGUCACUUGGCAAGUCGCGUGCGGAAGAAACGUGCCGGCUACUGCGGGAGUUGAAUCCCGACGUCCAGGGAUAUUUCUAUUCAAAGCACAUCACGGAUCUUCUUCAUGACCCAGAAUUUCUACCCCGGCAUAAACUGGUGAUCAUUUCUGGCCCCACUAAGCGCUCCUCGUUGGGGCCCCUCACCCAACAAGCACAGAGACUGGGCAUCCCUGUACUAUACAUUCAUUCAGUUGGAUUCUACUCAACCUUCUCCCUGCAAUUGGAUGCGGAAUUCCCCAUCGUCGAGACGCACCCAGACCCAGAGGCCAUGCAAGACCUGCGCCUUCUGAAUCCCUGGCCAGAGCUUGUUGCCGCGGCGGCGGCACUCGGUGACUUGACUAACAUGGAUGACCACCGACAUGGUCAUGUCCCUUACAUUCUGCUUCUGUUACACUUCCUGGAGCAAUGGAAACAUGCCCACGGCGGGAGUGUGCCAAGCAACUACAAAGAGAAAACAGAGUUCCGGGAGUUCGUUCGCUCGAAUGCACGCACCGACAAUGCAGAAGGUGGCGAGGAGAACUUUGAUGAGGCGGUGGCUGCGGUGCUGAAGACUAUUGCCCCAUUCAGUCUACGCAGUUCGAUCCGAGAAAUCUUUGGCAUGAGACAGUGCAAGCACUUGACCCCUCAAUCGGCGGAUUUCUGGGUGAUCGCGGCAGCCAUCAGUGCCUUCUACACCACGCACGGAGUGCUGCCUCUUCCAGGCUCCCUCCCCGAUAUGAAAGCCCAGUCUUCUGAUUACGUCACGCUGCAGAAUAUCUACAAAUCUAAGGCUCGCCAAGAUGUGGAGGAAGUCACCGCAACAGUGCACCAGCUCGAGUCCCAACUCGGACGAUCGCCCCCACGAAUCCUCGAGCGCGAGAUCGAGGUAUUCUGCAAGAAUGCCGCACACAUCAAGGUUGUACACGGCCGUGCAAUCCCACAUAUCAGCAGCGACAGCGACCAGGACACGCUGAAGGAAAUCCGCAGUCAGCUGGGUAUACCCGACUCCUUAAUCUCGGUGUUCAUCGCAACACAGGUCCUCGACGCGGUUGUGGAUGAGAUCCAGAGCAGCGGCCAGCAAGGGGCCCACCUCUCCGUUGACAACGACGGACUCUGGAUCAGCCACACCGAACGCAUUCUGGCUCUGUUGACCCGCGACGCCCCCGUACCUCUUAGCGAGGCUGUUCGCGAAGGUAUCGACGACGCCAUCCAGGAACUGCGUCGUGCCGAGGGCGGCGAGCUGCACAAUAUCUCGUCCCUGACCGGUGGCUUGGUGGCGCAGGAGGCGCUAAAGGUGCUCACGAGGCAGUAUGUGCCACUGGAUAAUACCUGUGUGUUUGACGGGGCUCGGAGUCGGAGUGAGAUGUAUAGGCUGUAA